AUGGCUCUCUUAGCGCGCCCCCAGAAGGCGGGCUUGCUCGCCCUCUGCCUGCUCGCGAUAGUUUCGGGAUCAACGGCUGCGCCACUCGCUGGUCCCAAGUGCAAGAACCGCUUCCCCAAGUACCCGCUCUGCAAGUUUGUCAACGACAUGGCCUCGUCGUUCAAACCCACCGUCGUCGACGCUGCCAGCGGCAAGACGCUUCAGAUUAGCGCCUACCAAAUCUACCACAAAUUUCACCGCGACCUGCCGGCGACGAAGCAGUACGCGUACGGCAUGGACGUGAAGACGGCGUCGCACGGAGGCGAGCAGGCGAGCGACUUCGACGGGCACCCCGACGCGUGGUUCACGCAGUUCGGCGAGGUUGGCCCCACCUUCAAGUCGCGCCUCUACCGCUACGGCAACCAGCAGAGCGCGUCGCUCAUCUGGUUCCACGACCACACGCUCGGGUGGACGCGGCUCAACACGGUGGCGGGGCUGGCGGGCGCGUACAUCAUCGUGGAUCCCAAGGGCGACGAGAAGAACCUCGAGUUCCUCCCGCAGCCCGGAAGCGCGCGCUACGUGCCGCUCGUUCUCGCGGACCGCUCGUUCUUUGCCAACGGGUCGAUCGAUUACCCGAAUGUGGGGAUCGUGCCGAACGUGCACCCGAACUGGGUUCCCGAAUACUUUGGUAACCACCUUCUCGUGAACGGCGUUGUGUGGCCGUACCUCAAGGUCCGGCGCGCGUUGUACCGCUUCCGCGUGCUGGGCGGAUCGAACGCGCGCGUGUACAACCUCAAGUUCACGUGCGCAGGGCGCGGCGACUACCCCAACUUCAUGCCGCCGCUCAAGGGCCCCAGCCUCGAGAUCAUCCAGAUCGGUUCGGACGGAGGGUACCUGGCGGCGUCGGUGCGCAUGUCGUCGCUGCUGGUGCUGCCGGGCGAGCGGAUGGACAUUCUGGUGGACUUCAACGGCGCGUCCGCGCACUGCAAGGACGUCAUCCUCACCAACGACGCGCGCGCCCCCUACCCCGCCGGCGAGCCCGCCGACGCCAACACGGGCGUCGUCAUGCGCUUUGUGCUCACCAAGCGGACCAAGAUCCCCUCCCCGCCCAUCCCUAGCUCCCUCGUCGUACGUCUCUUAUUCCCUCCCCGCACCCAUCCCCCGCACCCUCGUCUUACGUCUUGCGCUCCUUCGAACUGUCUGUACCGUUUUCCAGCGAUUUCUAGUCGGGCUUUCUUUCUCUUCCCUCGGUUCAUUAUUGUUUCUUAUUUCUCCCCCCCACACACCCGUGGAGCGAAGCAGAGUAUCCCGAAGGUGGAUAUGGGGAGCGUGGUGCGCGUGCGGUACAACACGCUGGUGGAGAUCAUGGACGCCAAGACGGAGCUGCCCAUCCGCGUGACCAUCGACGGCAAGAUGCACCACGACCCCGCCACCGAGAUCGCCAAGGAGGGCACGGCGGAGCUGUGGAACAUCAUCAACCUCAGCGCGGAUGCGCACGCCAUGCACCUGCACCUCAUCCAGCACCGCGCCAUCUCGCGCCGCCCCUUCGACAUCGCCAAGUUCCAGGCGGGCAAGUGCUCGUUCAAGGACAAGAGCAAGACCAGCUGCUACACUGGCCCGGCUGUUGACGUGAACGCGAAUGAGCGCGGGUGGAAGGACACGACCCUGUCGCAGCCUGGCGAGGUGCUCACCAUUUACACUCCUUUCUACCAGCAGUCGGGGGUGAAGACCUUUGAGUUCGAUGCGAGCCGCGGGCCGGGCUAUGUGUGGCAUUGCCACAUGCUGGAGCACGAGGAGAAUGACAUGAUGAGGCCUCUCAUCAUCACCAAGAGGCCAGCAGCACUGGCGUCCUUCCUACUGGCGUUAGUCGCCGUUUCAGCAGCUUCCGACAAGAACGACAUGGAUUCCAUCUUGUCCUCUGAACUACUAACUGUAACAUUUGACGAACUAACUGACGAUCAUUUCCACGAAGACCACGGGCUGUGGGGCCUCCGGAAGACGUCGCUUGACGACUGCGAGUUGAUCGGAAAGGCGGGAAUCUGCGACAGAGCGGACGCGCUGAUGAUCGCCGAGGGCGAUCUGGGUUCGCGCCUGCACGCCGUUUGUGCCGCUUUCGCGGUAACGCAUCUCACGGACGUUUCCACUAUCGCCGUGUGGCCCAGCGACGAGCACAUGCCACACAUCCGCUUUGCAGACCUCUUCGCCGUCGCGAAAAACAGCACCGGUCGGAGCAGCAUGCGCAGAAGAAGUGAGUACGAGGACUCGCUGUGGGUGCGCAGCGUCUCCUGGCCGAUCGACCAUUGGCGGGAUCACCUCGAGCCCACCAGGGAGACGGGCGCCAUGGAAGCGUGCGAGUACGAGCAGGCCGUGCAGGCGUGUCUGGCGUCGCUGCACCCGUCGCCAGCCGUCGCCGUGACCGUGGAGCGCGAGAACCUCAGUCGCAUCCGCGCGUCGCACGCUGUGCUCCCCGAGAACGGCCUCGAUUACAGCGCUUCCGGGUGCGUGCAGCAAGCAGGGGCAGCAGCAGGCACGUGUACCAUGAGUCAACCCAGCAGCCCCUACCUAAUCACGCCCUCCCGCCCUGAUUGGGGCCACGAGGGGCGGGAGCGGGAGAAUGGGGAAGCAGGGACGGCGGAGGGGGAGGAUGGGGAGGGCGGGUACGACCCGCCCUUCGCCCUGAGAGCCACUGAGGCCCGCACUGCCCGCUGCCGCGGGAAUGAGAGGCGCGGAGGAGGUGGGAGCGCGCGGAACGGUUCUUUGGCGGGCGAGCGAGCGGGGGUUGUGGGAGGCGAGGAGGAGCAGGGGGGGGCGGAGGUUGGUGGGGCGAUGGCGGACGAGCGGCUGGAAUGCACUCGCCUGGAGCUGGCGGAGCUCUUCGCUCUGACCUUCGCGCAUGGGCUGCGCGCCCCCUCGCCCACCUCGCCCCGCUCCCGCUUCGUGGCAGCCCAGGGCACGCGGCGCACCCGCGCCUUCCGGUUGCUGGCCCCGCCAGAGUCCCUCCCCCGCGCGGAACAGACACACCCGGGCUCCAGGAGUUGGGAUGAUGGGGUUUCACAUGGGCAGGAAAUGAUCGCGAGUGGAGCUGCUGUUGAAGACGCCAGUCGAAGGCAGCUCCAGGACUCUUGGAGCUCUUUCCCUGAUUCUUCUUUGACUACUGAUUGGUCCUCUUCCUCCUCGUCUGAUUGGUCCUCGCCCUCCCCUGGCUCGACGUCCUCUUCUGAUUGGUCGAGUUCUCCUGACACAUCGUCUCAAUGGUCAGCUCCAGCUGACACGUCAUCUGAUUGGUCAGCACCUGCUGACACGUCAUCGGAUUGGUCAGCACCAGCUGACACGUCAUCAGAUUGGCCAGCACCAGCUGACACGUCAUUGGAUUUGUCAGCACCAGCUGACACGUCAUCAGAGUGGACAGCACCAUCCGACUCCUCUUCCUCAGACUACUCCUCCCCGUCGUCUGAUUGGUCCGCCAGCACCACAACUUCUCCUCCUCCCCCUUCUGAUUGGUCCACUGACUCCGGCACCCCACCUACCGACCCUGCAUCCACUGAUGCUCCUCCUGCUGAUACUAACUCCUAUACAGAUUCAGGUGCUGCUGUGGACCCUGCAUGGGGUGCUGGAACUGACCCUAAUGCUGCUGCCGCAGAUAACACUGCUGACCUUGCAGCUGCCACUGAUGCGGCUGCUUCUUCAGGUGCUACCGACGCCUCAGGUGCUUCUUCAGGUGUUGACGGUUCCGUCUCGUUUGUGUCGGACGAGGGCAGUGACUCUAGCAGCAGUGACAGCAGCGGAGGUGACAGUAGCGAUGAGGAGGGGCCUCUGACGAGCAACCCAUCGUACGGUGCCACGAUGGGAGGGGACGAAGCAAUGGAUUCGGCUACAUGCAACAUAUACGAGGGCGAGUGGGUGUGGGACGAGGACAACCGCCCUGCUUACAACACGGAAUCUUGCCCGUUCAUCAACUCGGUGUCGCCCACAACCAACUGCCUCAGACAGAAGUUCGGCCGCCAGGACCACUCAUGGAUGCGCUACUCGUGGAAGCCAAAGCAGUGUGGCGGCAACAUCCUUCGCUUUCAAGCGGCCGACUUCGCCCAGAAGAUGCAAAACAAGGUGAUUGCUCUGGUGGGCGACUCCCUCAUCACUGAAGGCUUCAUGCCCUCGCUGCUCUGCCAGCUGGCGCAGGUGGGCACGGUGAGCCGCGUGGAGGGCAGUGCGCUGGGCAACUUCGUGUGGCGCCUGGACUCACACAAUGUGACCGUCACCAACUACUGGAGCCCCUUCCUCAUGUGGACCUCCUCCAAUCCAGUGGUCAUUCGCAAGCUGAGGGUGCAGGAUCCAGGGCUGGGAGAUACAGCAGUGAAUCUGGGCGCGUUUGACCCGCAGUGGUUCGACCAGGUGCAGGCCAUGGACCUCAUUCUCUUCCAGUCCGCCACUCACUGGCCGCACGCCGAGCGCUGGCUGCGGCGCUUCUUUGUGGACCGCAAGUGGCACCGCCUCGACCCUGAGCCCAAUACCAUGACUGCGUACAAGCAAGCACUCAACAAGCUGGGCAAGUCGUUCAACGCGGGCAACAGCAAGCGCUGGGACCUGCCUGUGCCCUACUUCCUCUCCGCGCCUCCCCGCCUUGUUAACUGCCAGGGCUCCUACGCCCCUGCCAACAGAUCCACGUACGAGCACAUGGUGCGGGGGAACCCUCAGAGCCGCAAGUGGUUCCCUGCACAGCGGGACGUUCUGAGUCCCAGCAAGAACAUUCGCUUCGUGGACAUCACACACCCGUCGCUGUACAGAAGCGAUGCCAUGCUGGCGUCGCAGGCCCCUGAGAGCAAGGACUGCCUGCACCCGUGCCUGCCCGGGCUUCCUGACAUCUGGGUGGACCUGUUCUAUGAAGGCCCUGCCAAGGGAGGCCUCCUGCAGCGCGCCUCCCAGGGCCUGCUGUCGUCCCUGAGGUGCCGCUUCUCCAGGGGCGAUCCUGCGUGCACAGACGCUACCCCGGCCAAGGGGAAGGCUGCGUGGAGGGUGGUGGAGGCUGCUUCCAGUGAUGGGUUUGUGCGGCGUGUGGGGCGACAGCUGUGGCUGCGAGGCAAGCCGUUCUAUGUGAACGGGUGGAACACGUACUGGCUCAUGUAUAUUGCCAGCAUUCCAGACAAGAAGUAUCUGGUGAACCAGGCGCUGAGCCAGGGGCGCAGCAUGGGCCUCACAGUGUGCCGCACAGGGGCAUUCUAUGAUGGCCCGGGCUGGCAUGCGCUGCAGACCAGCCCUGGCGUGUUCGAUGAAAACACUUUCAAGGCCCUAGACUAUGUGAUUUUCACGGCCAAGAGGUUUGGAAUCCGGUUGCACAUGGUGCUGAACGGCAACUGGGACGACUAUGGAGGCAAGAACCAGUACGUCAAGUGGAGCGCUGCAGCUGGGGGGAACCCUCCUGCCGACGACACAGCCUUCUUUGUUGACCCUCUCUGCCGCACAUUCUACAAAAACUUUAUCAAGGCGGUGCUCACGCGGCGCAACAAGCUCACAGGCCAGCUGUACCGCGAUGACCCAACCAUCUUCGGCUGGGAGCUCAUGAACGAACCCCGGGUGUAUGCUGAUCCCUCAGGAGACGUCCUGCAGGCGUGGAUCACGGACAUGGCAGCACAUGUCAAGUCGCUGGACCCCAACCACCUGCUCUCCAUCGGCUCGGAGGGCUUCUACGGCCCCUCCACUCCGGAGCGAGCCAAGGCGCUCAAUGCGGAGUGGUGGAUGAUGAACGUGGGGACCGACUUUGUCAGGAACAACAAGGUUCCCGGGAUUGACAUUGCGUCAGUGCACGCAUAUGCAAAUAGCAGUGACAAGCUCGUAUGCUUCACAAACUUUGUGAAGCGGCACUUGGAGGAUGGGGACGGGGUGCUCAACAUGCCCGUGCUCAACAUGCCCGUGCUCAACAUGCCCGUGCUCAACAUGCCCGUGCUCAUUGGCGAGUUUGGCCCCGAGAGCAUCAAGCAGAUGACCUCCUUGUACUCUGUGUCUGCAUGGAGCGACAAGCUGGCAUAUUUUACAAACUUUGUGAAGGGGCACUUGGAGGAUGGGGACGGGGUGCUCAACAUGCCUGUGCUCAUUGGCGAGUUUGGUCCCGAGAGCAUCAAGAAGCUUCCGGACGGCAGCAUGGCACGGCGCAACGAGGUGUACAGUGCGCUCUAUCAGAUUGUGCUGGAUUCGGUUAAGAAGAGAGGCUCUGCUGGCGCCACCAUGUUCUGGCAGAUCAUGGCUGACGAUCUCCGCUCGUGGGAUGAUGGCAUUGCAGUCUUUGCAUCGAACCCUGCACAUGCCAAGACAGUGAGCAUCAUAUCCGCUCAGUCCAAGGCGGUUGCUGCUGCCACGAGAAGUUAG